AGCAGUAAUAGUAGAGUGUUGUUUGUUGCCAUGUAUUAAAGUUUCCUCACCUAGCUCCUUCCUUCCUCCUCUCAAGAUCUCCUUCUCCAUUUUCCUCCAUUGUUUUCUCUCCCUAAAUUCCUCCUUCACUCUUCUUUCUCCUUGUAUUCUGCACCUUUUCUUUAUCCUUUCUUCUAGAUCUUCCACCGCAUUUCAUGGAUCUGCAACUCUUCAUACCUGCAUUGCUUCCUCCUCUUUCGUUUUCUCUCUCCUAGGGUUUUUUUCCGGUCAUUUUCAGCCAUGUGGUGCCGGAUUUUGACCUCUCAUUGCGUUGAAGAUGAUUCUUGCCGGCGAGUGCUUAAUCGUAACUCUUGUGGGUGUUUUCUUUGGCAGAUUUUUGUUCAGCUGGUGGUUGAGGUUGUAGCUCGCUAUGGCUACUGAUGAUGAUCAUAAUGAUGAUGAUGAUUCUUUUCCAUUGAAAUUUCCUUUCUGGACACGAAAAUGCCUUUCUCGAUUAUGCACCUUCUUUUGGUUCUUCAUUCGUUCGAUUUGCUUUUCUCUUGCUCAGGACAAUCUUCAGUUUCGCCACACAUAUACUUAUCUCCUUCCUUACAGCCAAACUUGCAAACAAUGACCACAGAAAUGUCAACAGAGCAUGCAAGGUUGGACUCGAUAAGUUUUUCAUUUGUGCCGUCAAAGUUACGUGGUAACUGGAUAUUUAAGUCUUCUUUGGGACCAUCUACUGCUCCUGCACCCUCUCCAGGUCCUAGGAGUGCACCCUUGCCUAUCCGACGUCAUCGACGGCGUCGUGUACGGCCUCAUAUGGUUGCUCCUACCCCAUCAAAAGACCAAGGUUGUGAUCAAAUAUGCAUGGAGCCCCUUACUGCAGCUCCCUUUGGUUCACCUUGUGGUUGUGUGUUUCCCAUGAAAGUCAGACUUCUUCUGGAUAUAGCUCCAUAUGCUGUUUUUCCUGUGAUGAACGAGCUUGAAAGUGAGAUUGCAGUGGGGACUUACUUGGAGCAGAGCCAAGUGAAAAUCAUGGGUGCAAGUGCAGACAGUCAAAAUCAAGGAAGAACUAUGGUGGACAUAAAUUUAGUACCACUAGGAGAGAAGUUUGAUAAUACAACUGCAGUACUGACUUACAGAAGGUUUUGGGAUAAAAAAGUGCAUUUGAAUAUGACGCUUUUUGGUGAUUAUCAAGUUGUCUACAUCAGCUAUCCAGGGAUUCCUUCUUCACCGCCAUAUGGAGGGUACAUGGGAAGUGCUCCUAGUGGAAGUGCGGGUGACCUUCCCAUUACUGCAAAUUUUGUUAAUAAGAGCCAGAAGAUGAAUGUCAAAACAAUUGCCAUCAUAGCACUUUCAGCAUUUGUUGUGUUAUUAGUGUUCAUUGGAGCUCUUUCCAUCUUUUUUAAAUGGAGAAAAGUUGGCAGGCCGUCUAGUGCUGUUGGCCCUGUCUUCACGUCAUCAAUUAACAAAAGAUCUGGUCUAGGAUCAGCAUUAUCAAGUAGCAUUGCAAGCUCCACCUCUGUUUCCCUAAUUUCCACAAUGCCAACCAGUCUUCAAUCUGUUAAAACAUUUUCACUUUCUGAACUUGAGAAAGCAACAGACAAGUUUAGUUCAAAAAGGAUUUUAGGUGAAGGGGGAUUUGGCCGUGUUUACUGUGGUAUUUUGGAAGAUGGAAAUGAAGUUGCAGUUAAGUUGCUUACACGGGAUAAUCAGAAUAGAGACCGUGAAUUUAUUGCAGAAGUUGAAAUGUUGAGUAGACUUCAUCAUCGGAAUCUCGUGAAACUGAUUGGGAUAUGCAUUGAAGGGCGAACUCGCUGCUUAGUUUAUGAGCUUGUCCAUAAUGGCAGUGUUGAGUCUCACUUGCAUGGCAUUGACAAGAGAAAAGGACCCCUUGACUGGGACGCACGAUUAAAGAUUGCUCUUGGAGCAGCAAGAGGUUUGGCAUAUCUUCAUGAAGAUUCUAAUCCCCGUGUAAUUCACCGCGAUUUCAAGGCAAGUAAUGUUCUCUUGGAAGUUGACUUCACCCCCAAGGUUUCGGAUUUUGGAUUGGCCAGGGAAGCAACUGAAGGCAGUGAACAUAUCUCAACACGCGUGAUGGGAACUUUCGGGUAUGUAGCCCCUGAAUAUGCAAUGACCGGGCACCUGCUUGUCAAAAGCGAUGUUUACAGUUAUGGAGUUGUGCUACUUGAACUUCUUUCAGGAAGAAAACCGGUGGACAUGUCCCAACCACAUGGUGAGGAAAACCUCGUGACAUGGGCGCGGCCUCUAUUGACCAGUAGAGAAGGUUUGGAGCAACUAGUAGAUCCUUCUCUAGCUGGUACUUAUGACUUCGAUGACAUGGCCAAGGUGGCUGCCAUUGCUUCAAUGUGCGUUCAUCCAGAGGUGACUCAGAGGCCAUUUAUGGGAGAAGUUGUGCAGGCUCUUAAGCUGAUAUAUAACGACACAGACGAGACAUGUGCAGAUUACUGCAGUCAAAAGGAGUCCUCUGCUCGGGACUCGGAUUUCAAAGGCGACCUUGUCCCAUCCGACAGCAGUUGGUGGAAUGCCGGUGGCCUUACACCUCGACUGACAUAUGGUCAAGCCUCUUCCUUCAUCACCAUGGAAUACAGCUCUGGCCCUCUUGAAGAGAUGGAAAACCGUCCGUUUUCAACUUCAAGUUUAGUAGGCGACGAGAUAUCUUUGCCUAUUCGGCAUGGAAACAGGUCAGGUCCAUUGCGAACCGCUCGAAGCAAACCUGCGUUUUAUAGAUUUUCAGGAAGUAGGAGCGAGCACGGAGGAUUUCUUUCAAGGCCUUCUUGGAACAGCAACAGGUUUUGGGUUUGAGUUUCUUUUUAAAUCUUGUGGAUGCCUUUGUGCGACUCUUUAAAAAUGUACAGUUUUAACUCUCUGGUUCAUAAAGGUGGCUUUCAGGUUUGGAAGUUAAAAGUUGUCUUUAUAUGUGUGAGAGAGAAGGAAAAAGAAAAAAAGAGAGAGCGCAAAGUAUUGGGUUCUAAUUUUGGAAUUGUUGAUUCAUUACCAUACGAGGUUAGAAAUGUAAUUUGAAUACUCUCGUGUAGUUGUAUCAUAUCUUCUUUUGACAAUUUUUGCAUACUUAAAAGACUCUGUCUUGGUUGCA